AUGUUUUCCGUCGUCAUUCCGGGCCGUCCGUGCCUAACAGAUAUCGUCCCACUUGACAGCCAACCGAAUGGUCAAGCAACCAAGUUCGCAUUCAACAUCCCGCUCAACCCAUCCUUCAGCGAACUAGUAGUCUUCUUCCUGCCGGGAACAGUCCUACCACCAGGCACAGGCGCCGCAAUCUACGUCCAGACACCGGACCCAAAUACCGGAAACCCUUCAGAGUUCCGCUUCAUCGGCGCGUUGGCCAACGAAAAGCCCUCUGGCAUCUUCACAAUCAAGACUCCCUCCAACGACGGGGCGCGUCGCUCAGAAGCCGAAGAGGAAGACGAGAUGCUCGACGAGGGCACAGCCGGACAAGCGGGCCCACCCAAUGGUGUCGUAACAUUGGGCAUUUCAAUCGAGGCUGCUGAGAUCAUCGCUCCGCAGCUGUCCGCGCUGGAAGCUGAGGCUUCGCGCGAAUCUCAAUCUCAGUCCACCGCCAUGAUCAGGUUGUCUCCGGAACAGGCGCAACAGAAACAGCUGUCGACGAAGGUUCUUGCGCAGCGCAUUAUCGGCAGCGCGUUUAAUUUCCUGGCUAGUUUUGCUGAGUCGGAUCCGACGAAAGGGCAAGACGUCGUGCCGCUUAAGAGCUUCCGAGAUUGGUGGACGAAGUUUGAGAGGCGCAUUGAUAUGGAUCCUUCGUUCUUGGAGCGGCAAGAUCCUAAUGCGACGUGA